UUUUUGAGCUAUUUGCAGGUAUGAAAAAUGUUUGUUUGUUUUUUUUUUUUAAUUAGAUAUUGUCUAAAAAUAAUUUUGUUUGGAUUUUGGACCAACUUUAAUAUGAAUAGUUAUUCGAAAAGAACUAAGUAGUCUACGAUACGAUCGUACAAUGUACAUUAUCGUACUACAGAGUAAUUUGUACGAUUUUAUUUUGGGAUAUCGUCACUCGUCGUGGAUACCAGUCGUCAGUACCUAGUUACUGAAUAGUACGGCAGAAUAUUAUAUUUUAUGGGUUUUUCUGUUAUCGUUUAUCAAUACCUGCCACGAUUAAUAUUAAUAAUAAAUUAUUAUAAUCGUGAUACCUACCUAUACAUACCUAUCGGUAUUCGGUCGUUGAUUACCUAAUUAUUAUUUACACACAGUGCGUGGUUGUGAGUAGUGAUGAGCUUAGUACCUAUAUACCUAUCUGGUAUUUCGUUAUUGUGAAUAAUACCUCUUACGAAUUGCGAUUCACGAUCAACACAUAGGUACUUACCUACUUCGUUUGGAAUUUUGGAUCACAACAGUAAACAGUCGAAAUUAAUAAUAUUAUGCAAUUUUCCUAUACGCCAAAAAUAAUUGUCUAAAAUGCAGCUUCCCGAUCGAAGAAAACUGUUUCAACAACGCCGUCUUCGUAGAGAAGAAAUUGAAGCUCAGCUGCGUAGAACACAGAUUGAAAGCACUAGUUCUGAAGAUGAAGAGUCAUUUGAAGAUGUAUCAGAUGAUGAAGUGGUCAAUGAAGAUGAUUCAGAAGAAGAAGUAGCAAAUGAAGGUGAUUCAGAAGAAGAAGUAGCAAAUGAAGGUGAUUCAGAAGAAGAAGAAGAAGUGCUAAAUGAAAAUGAAUCCGAAGAAGAAGUGGUACAUGAAGAUGAAUCAGAAGAAGAAAUAGUAAAUGAAAACGAAUCUGAAGAAGAAGGCUUAAAUGAAGAUGAAUCCGAAGAAGGAGUCGUAAAUGAAAAUGAAUCAGAAGAAGAAGUGGCAAAUGAAGAUGAAUCAGAAGAAGAAAUGGUAAAUGAAGAUGAAUCAGAAAAAGAAGAGGAAGUAGAUGAUGAAGAAGAGUACAAUACAAGUUUCAGUGAAAAAAGCUUAGCAAAUAGCAGUGGCAGUCAUAAUAGUUCUAAUAAUCUUUCUUUAAACAAAACAAAAGUUAAACUUGAUGAUAGUGAGACAUUACUGGAUAAUACUGUACUUGUUAAAAGUAAUAAUGAACUAAUGAAUAAAAAUAGUUCUGAUGAUGAUGAUGGUGAUGGUGAUGAUGAUGAUGAUGAUGAUAAUGAUAAAUCACAAUCUUUGCACGACUCUAAUUUUAAUAUGAAUGAUCGACAAAAUCGACUUGUUGAAUGGAUGGUUGCCAGAGAAAGUCAAAAACCAAAUGGUGGAAUAAUUGCAACUGAUAUGGGUACCACCGAUUGUAAAAUUACCAUAUUAAUGCAUUUGUUAUCGAAGUCCAAACCUCCUAAUUCAGUUAACACACAAUCAGAAGGAGAAUCUGAUUUUGAUGAAACAACUGUCUUCUCGAAAGGAUGUACAUUGAUUUUAUGUCCAAGAUCAAGUAUAAAUCAUUGGUUUGAUCGUAUGAACGAAAAAAAAAAUCAGGGUUCAUUAAACGUGUGGCUACAUUAUGGGAGAAAUCGAAAUAUAACACUGCAGGAUUUAACUCAAAAAGAUGUCGUUAUCACAACAGUUACACUGGUUCUUACAGGUUUUCGCAACAAAGUAAAUAAUCCAUUAUACCAAAUACAUUGGCAUCGAAUAAUAUUGGAUGAUAAUAAGCUUUAUAAUUAUAAGCAGCAAACUUCCAAGGCUUUAUGUCAAUUAUCAGGCAUUUGUCAUUGGGUUUUUUCUGGACCAACAAUUAUUGACAAUGAUGACGAUGAAGCUAUCUAUGGUUUAAUUAAGUUUAUAAAUUAUAAACCAUUAAAUAUAUUUGAAAAUUGGAAAAAGUGGAUUAAAGCAAAUCAAGCUGUAUCAAUAUAUGACAAGUUGGGGCAUUUAUAUUAUAAAAAGAAAAUUGUUUGAAUAGAGGGUGAUAUUUAUUACCUCCAUUUAAACAAUUAUGUUAAUAAUUAUUAAAUUUUAUAUUGAAUUAUUUUACUCAGAUUCUAAUUAUGAAUUUAUUUUAUACUAAUAUUUUAAUAGUUAAUUUACUGAAUGAGACUGGUUAGAAAAUUUGUUAUUAUAGAUGUACCUAUGUGUCAACAAAUAGUAUUUUAAUUGUAAAGAAUGUCUCAUAAAAUAUUGUCAAUCACACAUUAUUUUAAUAUAAUAUAUUAUAGGCAAUAAUAAUGUAACUUAUAUUUAAAUCAACUGGAACAGCAACUCCACCUGAGUUUGUUUGUUGGGUUCUCUGGUUGAACAUUAUAAGUAACACUUAAAUUAUCUGUUUUAUUUUAAUAAAUGAUUUCAAUUAUUUUAAUAGUAUACCAAUUCUUCACUGUUUAUGUUGAGUAAAAUCUUAAACAGGCUGUCAUGGAUUGAAUGUUAAAUAGUAAAGUAGUCCUAUCUGACUUUUGAGAACCCAACUGAAAACUUAAUUCAGUCAUUUAGCUUCUCAAGUUUAGGUAGAAGUACAUAUCCAAUAUUCCGGCCCCUUUUUAUUUUCAAUACUAACUGCAAUAUGAUUAAUUUAACUAAUGAAAUAAUAAUAUUUAUAUUACCACAUUAAAAUUAAAAUGAAUAAAAAAAAUUGUCUAUAUUAUGUAGGUAUAUCAAAUUGUUGACAAUAAUUUAUCAUUUAUCAUUUAAUAUUCCUAAUUUUGGUUGCAAAUGUUCAAAUUGGAAAUUUUUUGGUGUAAUUAAUUAUGUUAUGAUAA